GUUUUAAUCCUUUACUGGUUUAUCAGAUUACACAGCUAAACUUUGCUACGGGGUUAAUCCAAGAUUACUAGAAUCUUAUAUAGUGGGCAAAAGUGGCCUCAAAAUCACAUUGAAAAGUGGCCCCAACAUGAUUAAAAUUUUAGCUUUGUUAACGUUUUUCUGCUAUGUUUCAGCCGAUUAUCAGGUUGGGAUUGGACGAGCGGAUUGUACAGGACCUCCAGCUGAGAUAAUCUUUAUGGGCUAUGCUAAAUUAAGUCAAGUGGGUUGUGGGCUACAUUUACGACAAUUUGCAAGAGCUUAUAUUAUUGAUGAUGGGACAAGUCGAGCCGCUUUUGUGACUGUAGAUGCUCUUGCAAUGGCACAUUCAGUACGGAGACAGGUUUUAAAAAAUCUGGCUGAACUUUAUAAUGAUACGUACACUGAGCAAAAUUUGAUAAUAAGUGGUACUCACACCCACUCGACCCCUGGCGGUUGGUUUAUGGAUUUGAUGUUGGAUAUCCCAGUUUUGGGUUUUGUUCAGGAGAGCUUCGACACACUUGUUGAGGGAAUCACUCAAGCUAUAACAAACGCUCACGAAAACAUGGUCGAAGCUAAGAUAUUUUUAUCGAGUGGAAUUCUCCUGGAUGCAAAUAUUAAUCGAAGUCCAGCUUCGUAUUUAUAUAAUCCUGAAGAGGAGCGCGCAAAGUAUGAGUACAAUGUUGAUAAAGAAAUGGUUCAGCUAAAAUUCGUUCGUUCAUCUGACACGCAACCGAUCGGUGUAAUCAAUUGGUUCGCCGUCCAUCCGACAUCCAUGAACAAUACAAACUGCUUGCUCACGUCUGAUAACGUCGGAUAUGCCUCGCUUUUACUCGAAGACCAUGUCAAUAACGGCACCCUUCCGGGAAAAGGAUCAUUUGUUGGAGCUUUUGCUUCCACCAACUUAGGGGAUGUUUCCCCAAACACUAAAGGCCCGAUUUGUAUCGACACAGGCGAAGAAUGCGAUUUUAUUACAAGCACUUGUAAUGGCAACGCUCAAACGUGUAUCGCUUCAGGGCCUGGGAAUAACAUGGCUGAGAGCACACAAAUCAUCGCUGGAAAACUUUUCAAUAAAGCGAAAGAGUUGUUCCAUCAAGAAGACACUUUUGAAGUCACUGGACCUGUUAAAUUCAUUCAUCAAUAUGUCGAUAUGCCAAAUGAAAAAGCUACAAUUACUUUGGCUAAUGGGACGCAACAAGAAAUCCGGGGUUGUCUCCCAGCUAUGGGUUACAGUUUUGCCGGUGGUACCACUGAUGGUCCCGGAGAAUUCGAUUUUGCCCAAGGUACCACCACUGAUAAUCCCUUCUGGGACGCUGUUAGAGAUUUUGUUUUUCCACCAACUGAAGAUGAGAUUGCUUGUCACGCUCCUAAACCCAUUCUGAUUAAUACUGGAGGCGUCGAUUUUCCAUACCCUUGGCAACCCAGAAUUGUUACAACUCAAAUUGUUACUGUUGGAGAAGUUGCGCUAAUUGCUGUUCCUGGAGAGUUUACCACAAUGUCAGGUCGGAGAUUAAGAGACGCAGUCAAAGAAACGAUAAUUAGUAAUGGUGGUUCCGAAAACACUCGACCAAUUAUCACAGGUCUUAGUAACGUCUAUACUAACUAUAUUGCGACUCCGGAGGAGUACCAAUUGCAACGGUACGAAGGUGGUUCCACCAUUUAUGGUCCACAAACCCUAAACCUCUACAUAAAUAAAUUCAAACAACUGGCCACAGCUUUAAUGAAGGGAGAAACUCUAGAUUCAGGACCAACUCCUCCAGAUUUCUCCUCCCAGUUGAUCACUUUAGUUUCACCACCUUCAGUUGAUGGAAUUGCACAAGGCCAAAAUUUUGGCGACUGUCUCCAACAACCACCCGAAUCCGUUUCAAUCGGAGACACUGUUUCAGUAAAAUUUGUGAGUGGCAACCCUCGGCAUGAUGUUCUCCACGGUGGGACAUAUAUUAGUGUGGAAAAAUCGGAAGGUGAUGACUGGGUUCUUGUGGCUUCGGAUGCAAACUGGGAAACACGGUUUCAUUGGAAGAGGACAAACGUAUUAACGGGAGAGUCUGAGGUUACCAUUGAAUGGGAUAUUGGUCAAGAUGUGGUACCAGGGCAGUACCGAAUAAGACAUAAUGGACAUUAUAAAGAAAAAUCUGGAGAGAUUCACGCUUAUGAAGGCAUAACGAGUACAUUUAAAAUUGCCUGAGACAUCAAACAAUCAAGAUUUUAUAAUAAAUACAUUUAAAAA